ACAAACAACGUAGGGUCAUCGAUCGUGCUGACCGUGGAGAAGCCAAAUGGGCACCACCCCACGGAGCCAUGAUCCCACGGUCCCACUUUCCUAUUCCUCUCAGGUUAUAAAGCCCUAAAACCUCUCUGCAACUGCAACAUACACCAAGACAAGACUAGUUGGGAGAGAAAGAGAGAGCAACAUGCACAAGAGUGGUUCAGCAUCGUCCUUAGGCCCAGGGGGGCUGGACCUCACCCAAGCCUUCUUCAAACCCAUCCAGCAAACAGCCCCGCCCUCACCUACCAAGCGCCACACCAAGGUCUCCGUCAUCGGAGUGGGCAACGUCGGCAUGGCUAUCGCCCAAACUAUACUCACCCAAGACCUCGUCGACGAGCUCGCCCUCGUCGACGUUAACGCCGAUAAGCUCCGCGGCGAGAUGCUCGAUCUCCAGCAUGCCGCCGCAUUCUUGCCCCGCACCAAGAUCCACGCCUCCGUGGACUACGCCAUCACCGCCGGAUCCGAUCUCUGCAUUGUCACGGCCGGAGCUCGGCAGAUAGCCGGCGAGUCCAGGCUGAACUUGCUGCAGCGAAACGUGAGUCUGUUUUCUCGCAUUGUGCCCCCGCUUGCCAAGUACUCGCCCGAUUCGAUCCUCCUGAUCGUUUCGAAUCCGGUGGAUAUUUUAACUUAUGUUGCUUGGAAGCUUUCCGGGUUCCCGUCAAAUCGGGUUCUUGGGUCAGGCACGAAUCUUGAUUCAUCGAGGUUUCGGUUUCUCAUCGCCGAUCAUCUCGACGUCAACGCUCAGGAUGUGCAGGCCUAUAUUGUUGGGGAGCAUGGUGACAGCUCAGUGGCGCUAUGGUCGAGUAUUAGUGUCGGGGGAGUGCCCGUGCUGAGUUUCUUAGAGAAGCAGCAAAUUGCCUAUGAGAAAGAAACACUAGAGAACAUUCACAAAGCGGUUAUAGACAGUGCAUAUGAGGUGAUCAGUCUCAAGGGCUACACAUCGUGGGCAAUUGGGUACUCGGCGGCUAGCUUGGCUCGCAGCAUACUUAGAAAUCAGAGAAGGAUCCAUCCUGUCUCAGUCCUUGCAAAGGGGUUCUACGGCAUUGAAGGUGGUGAUGUGUUCUUGAGCUUGCCAGCACAGCUGGGCAGGGGUGGGAUUUUGGGUGUGACCAAUGUGCAUCUAACUGACGAGGAGGCACAAAGGCUUAGAGACUCGGCUAAGACCAUCCUGGAGGUUCAGAAUCAGUUGGGACUUGGAGGAUCAAAAGCAAAUUCUUGUUGAAGAAUUUUGCCCUUUUCAGAAACCCUUUUGGAUCAAUUUCCUUAUAUAGAUCCACUAACAAAAGUUGAACAUUGUGCUGUUAUGUUUCUUUGCACUGCAAUUGCUUGUUUAUUUUGUUUCCCUUCUUUUGAUUUGAACUCUAUUGCUGGGUCGAUGAUAGUAUGUAAAAAGAAGCCAACAUUUUCAUUACCUUCAGAAGAUGUGAUUCCAGCAUGAGGAAUGUGCCAUA